AUGGAAAAUAGCAGUGAGGUGAAUGGGUUUAGACUCUUGGGGCUGACUGAUAUUCCAGAGCUGCAAGUGCCCCUCUUCAUAAUGUUCACCCUCAUUUAUCUCAUCACCCUCAUUGGAAACCUGGGGAUGAUUGUGUUAAUUCUGUCGGACUCUCGUGUCCACACGCCGAUGUAUUUUUUCCUUAGUAAUCUCUCUCUGGCAGACUGUGUUUACUCCUCUGCAGUUACUCCCAAAGUGAUGGUUGGGCUUCUCACAGGGGAUAAAGUUAUUUCCUACGGGGGAUGUGUUGCUCAAAUGUUCUUCUUCGUGGCUUUUGCCAGUGUUGACUGUUUCCUACUUGCUGUCAUGGCCUAUGAUCGUCACGCAGCAGUGUGUCACCCCUUACGUUACACCACCACCAUGACUACCAGUGUGUGCACGCACAUGGUGAUGGGCUGCUACGCCUGGGGCUUUGUUGAAUCAGCCAUCCACACUGGGUUCACCUUCCGCCUCUCAUUCUGCCAUUCAAAUGUAGUCCACCACUUUUUUUGUGAUAUCCCCCCAAUCCUGGCUCUUUCCUGUUCCGACAUCUACAUGAAUGAGAUUGUGCUCUUUAUCUUAGCAGCUUUCAACGUUAUUUUUGCCCUUAUAGUUAUCUUGACUUCCUAUCUGUUUAUACUCAUUGCCAUCCUGAGGAUGCACUCGGCAGAAGGACAGAAGAAAGCCUUCUCCACCUGUGCUUCUCACCUCACUGCCGUCACCAUAUUCUAUGGAACUGUAAUCUUCAUGUACCUACAACCCAGUUCUAGUCAUUCUAUGGACAAUGACCAAAUGGCGUCUGUGUUUUAUACAAUAAUAAUUCCCAUGUUGAACCCAAUAGUCUAUAGUCUAAGGAAUAAAGAGGUUAAUAAUGCUUUCAAAAAAGCCAUGAAGAAAAUGAAGACUCUGUUCAGCGAAUAA